AUGAAGCUUACUGAGACAUUGUUAAAGGCAGGGUACAAUCAAAGCAAAUCAGACUAUUUUGUGUUUACAAAAAGGCAAGAGUUAAAAUUGUUGUUGAAUCAAAAUUUUCAAAUGAAAGAUUUAGGAGACUUUAAGUUUUUCCUUGGUUUUGAAAUAUUGAGAUCCGAAAAAGGGAUUUUAUUGAAUCAAAGAAAAUAUGCCUUGAAAUUGAUUGAAGAUUCAGGUUUAGGGGAAGCAAAACCCGUCUCAACUUCAUAUACUACAGUAGAUUUUGAUAAUGGGUUAGCUAGGGAAGUUGAAGAUCUGGUUUUAUUAGAUGGAACUGUUUAUCAAAGAUUGAUGGGGAGGUUUAUGUACUUGACACAUAUAAGAUCAGACACCACUUUUGUUGUGCAAAGCCUUAGCCAGUUCAUGCAUCAACCUAAGGAGUCACAUGUGAAUGCUGCCUUAAGGGUUGUUAAGUAUGCAAAGAAGAACCCAGUGCAGUAUUUGUUGUUUAAGGAAUCAAAAAAGAAAGAUAUUACAACCUACUGUGAUUUAGACUGGGCUUCGUGUCCAGUUUCUAGAAAGUCGGUAACAGGUUAUUGUGUCAAACAUGAAAAAUCCUUGAUAUCAUGGAAGUCCAAAAAACAUAACACUAUUGCUUGUUCCUCUGCAGAGGUAGAGUACAUAAGUAUGGCAACAACUUAA